AUGCUCUCACAUACGAAGAACCUGCUUCGUACCAUUCAUACAUAUAUUUUCCAUAUACUGGGUCAUCGGCACCACGAAUAUUUGGUUCUCUUACUUUUUUCUGCUUAUUCACAGGUGAUUAAUUUUGUCAAACUUGCAUCCUUUGCCAACGCAUUUCCUAAAACAAACUUUGGCCAGUUUGUCCAGAACAAUCCUCAAGAUUUGCGCCAGCAGACCACCAUAUUUGACUGCAGAGUUUUUGUAAUGAUGUUCAUGACACAAUGGGACGGCAAGAUAAUUAAGCCUUUUAACCAGGAUUUGAUUCAACUUCGGAUGCUCAUAUCCUACAAGAUCCUGACAUCGUCGUUGAACAAAGUCGAUCCUACCUGGGUGUUGAAGAAGAAGUAACUAUCCGUGUAGCCAGGAUGCUGAAUAAGAAAUAAAUGUCCGUGCUUCCUUUGAUGUAGAAGCAUUACUCGAUUAGCUACAGAUUGACACCUGCAUCGUUGUUUUAAUCUUUUUAUGUGGAGACUUUGCACUGUCUUUCCAACAUGUAUCUACUUUGUGGCUGUGAACUGCAAUAAUAUGUGACAAGCUAC